AUGUCUCUCGCCGGCAAAAUCGCACUCGUCACUGGCGCCUCCAAGGGUAUCGGAAAGUCUAUCGUCGAGAACCUCCACGCCUCCGGCGCCUCCGUCGUCAUCAACUACUCGCGCGAUAGCGCCCCCGCCGAUGCCCUUGUCGCACAGUUUGGCGCCGCCACUUCCCACGCCAUCCGCGCGGAUGUGAGCAGUGUUUCCGAGUGCAAGCGCUUGGUCGAUGAGACGGUCAAAAAGUUUGGAAAGAUUGAUAUCUUGGUACUCAACGCGGGAGUGCUCCCGAUGAAGGAUUUGGCUGGAACGACGGAGGAGGACUUUGAUAGGACGUUUGGCGUCAAUGUGAAGGGGCCAUACUUUCUUACUCAGGCCGCAGUACCACACAUCCCCGACGGCGGCCGCGUCAUCUUCUUCUCCACAACCCUCACCGCCGCCACAACCGUCACGCCAAACUACCUCCUCUACAACGCCACCAAGGGCGCAAUCGAACAGAUGACCCGCGUGCUCGCAAAGGACCUCGGAAAGCGCGCCAUCACCGUCAAUGCCGUCUCCCCCGGCCCCACUGGUACCGACCUCUUCUAUAACGGAAAGCCAGAGGCCGUGGUUAAGAUGAUUGCUGGAUUCAACCCGAUGAACAGAAUCGGUACUCCCGAGGAGGUUGCCAGGGUUGUGGGCUUCUUGGCGGGGCCUGAUUCAGGAUGGGUGAAUGGCCAGAACUUGAGGGUGAAUGGAGGUAUGGCGUAG